ACAGACGCGUCCGCGACACCGAACAGGAAGGUACCGUUCUCUCUGCGUUCACGGUGCUCGUCUCUCGGCGCAGCUCGUGCCUCUUGUAACAAUCGUUCUCGGCCGUUCCUCCACACCGGUUCGACGCGUUUCUCGACCUACUCUCGUAUACGGAGACGAAGUGUUGCAUCGGCCCCAAUUGGAUUUAACGAAGAUCGGCAUCGCUCCGAUUCGAUCCUGUUGGGGAAUACGUUCGCGUGGUGGACAGUGAGAGAGAGAGAGCGUCGCUCCGUUUCGCUGGCUACGCGAUCCGUGCGAAUCGCAAGUGCGUGAGAAAGUACGGGGGUGUGCUUCGGGCGAAAGAGGCUACCACUUCGUUUCGCUAGCUUUCUUGUGCUCCUAGCGUGAGAUUUCACAGUGCGAUCUGUUGCGAUCGGAAUUUCUUCUGUUCCUAGUGGCUGCCAGGAUAGCCCCAGGAGAAGCAGGAGACUGGUGCAUUUUAUUAUUAUUCGGUGUCUCGAGAGAUCUCGUUUAUAGUUGUGAGAAACCUUCGAUACUGUCUUUUUUUUUUUUUUUUUUUUUUUUGUGAAACCUUUUCUUUUUUUCCCCCUUUUAAACUCAACGACACAUCGGCGUCGAUCCGAGAGAAAGGAUCGUUGGUGAGAUGCUCGGGAGAAUUUCUCUUCCACGGUGAUUCGCGUGAUUCCGUCGCCGAGCGUCGGAUGCUCUUACUGUCCGUGAAAGAAGAAGUGUACCAACGAAGAAGUCGUUCCAAGAGUUGUUUCGUCGGAUGGAUUUUUGAAAAGAAAAAAAAUUCGUCUCUCCGAUGCGUCACCUGUUCGUCCCGUCUAUCGAAAUAAUCUAUGUUUCGUCGAUAGUCUCUCGUCGUCCCGAUCGGAUUUAAGAAAAGUUAGACCAAUGAGAGGGCAAGCAAGGUGCGCUCGUGGUGAGAGAAACACGGGGUGGAUCCAUGGAACGCGUACCUCGGUGGACACCGUUGGAAGCAGCCGAACACCGGAGAAAUUUAAUCGGUUCUAACGGCCAAUCGUCGUUCGCCGAGAACGAUUUCACCAAAGAAUUUCGCUAUUCGUGAAGUCAACGUUCUCAACGUUCUCUCCCUUCAUCCGUUAGAUUCACUCUCCUCGCUCGAAAACAUCGAAUCGGAGGAGUGUACCAACUUGUGCGGAUAAACUGUGUACCGUUGGAACGAUCGGCGAAUUCUUGUUGGGAAUGUUUCUCGGGAGGAUAAGCGGGGACGAGUGAUACGCGAGUCCCAUAGUUUGAUCGUUCGAGGAAAAAGGGAAAGAAGGGAAAAUAAAAUAAAGGGGGAAAGAGUGAAAGGAAAGCAAGAACUUAAUAGUUAACGAGGAGGAUAGUGAAAGUGUGGAUGUGGUGUCCGUGCAACGGUGGUGGAAGGUGGUCGUGGACGGCAGCGACAAAGGUGCAGGUGUCGUCAACGUAUUUGUUGUUAUUCUUGUUGUUCUCGUCGUUUGUUUGUUGAUUGUUGUAUUCCCGGUGAGCAGUGGUGACGCGGUGCGCGCUGCUCGUCCGUCCACGUUGUUACGAUGGUUUCCACGUCCUUUGUAACUUUGGUGUUCUUCGUCUGCCUGCAAACGAUAUUACUCUCGACCGUGAGCAAUUGCGCAAAGACGAUCAGCAUGUACUGGAACACCACCAAUUCCAUAUUUCGAAUAGACAACACGGACCAUAUAAUAGACGUGAACAAGAACAACGCGGCGUUCGAGUACGAUCAAGUGAACAUAAUAUGUCCUGUGUACCAGCCAGGAACGUAUGACGAGGACGCGGAGAAGUAUAUUAUUUACAAUGUGUCCAAAGAGGAGUACGAAACAUGUCGGAUAACAAAUCCGAAUCCGCGAGUGAUAGCGGUCUGUAACAACCCGUAUAAGACUAUGUACUUCACGAUCACCUUCAGGCCGUUCACACCGCAACCCGAAGGCCUGGAGUUCCUGCCAGGCCACGAUUACUAUUUCAUCAGCACUUCGUCCAAGGACGAUCUCCACAAACGCAUCGGUGGACGAUGCACCAGUAACAACAUGAAGGUGGUCUUCAAAGUGUGCUGCCGCAACGAAGCUGACACCUCGUCGUCAUCAGCGACAUCGCGCAACAAUUCCGUGGCCGUAACCAGCAGCACUGUACCAAGCAGCAGCUCGACCAGCACCGCUGUUUUGGGUGGAGGAGCCGCUGGAAUACCACCCCCGCCACCACCGAGCGUCCUCAAGGGCGGAGAUCGAUUCUACCCAGGGGGCAGCAUUCAUCAUCAUCACGAUCAUCAUCAACCGGCCACGGCGGCGCCGACCCUGCCCCACGUGCCCCCUCCGGCCAUCUACCCCGUGCAUCCGCAUCAGCCUCCGAUUCACAAUGGACCUCCGUCCUCCUCGCCGCCCAAGACCUCGAUCGGCCAGAAGAAGAAGAACAAGGAAUAUUCAGACCACCCGAACGAAGUAGUGAAGAACGAAGAAUUGACUUAUAAUGGAUCGAGUUCCAGCCGUGUUCAAGAUUGGUACAGCCAAUUGUUGGUAGUGCUGAUGGGAAGCUUGUUGAUCAGCGCGAUUCUGCCGCAAUUAUUGCGGUGAAGUGACAACAUUACUGACGAGAACGUAUAUUUCAUACGUCGAAACCCCUUUUUCUGUGAUUAUCCUACGUUUAAUUAAUUUCUUGAGGCACGCGUGUGCACGUGCACUCGCGCGGCCGUCCCUCGAUCGUGAAAAAUAAAACGUGCACGAUUUAUGGUCGGACUGCCUCGAGAGAAAAAGAGAACGAGAAAAUUUAAUCGGGAUGGAAGAAAGACAAAAACGAAUAACUUUAAAAAAAAAAACGAAAAUUUAAUGAAAAUAAAAGAGAAUACGAAUUUAAGAAGAACGAAGAGUUGGUAAAAAAUAAAUAAACGUUAAAUGUCAAGAGAAGAGACACGCACGACACACGAGCAGCAACGCCAUAUUGAAACUAUUCGAAACGAAGAAAGAAGAUGUAGCUAAGAUUGCAAAGACGAAGAAAGACGAAAUGAGAAGAAACGCUACUACUAGACAUUAUUAUAGUAUGCCCACUAUUAUCACUACUAUAAAUGGUAGUCGUAUUGGUUGUCCUUCUUAUCAUUACGCUAAUUCUAGGUAUUUAUUGGAAAUACGAAGAAAAAGAACAAAGUGAACAGCGUGCUAACUAUCCUCAAACGAGAUGCAAUAUAUCUAUAGUAAUAAUGAUAAAUAUAUAUAUGUCAGAAAAGCGCGAAAAUUCUUUCCUUUAAAGAUCAUAACCUCGCGCAUGAAAAUUUCAGUUAAAUCGAAUUACUGAUGAUUACUGAUGAUAAUAUUGAUUGACGAACGAUUCUUUGUCACCCAUUCCUUUAUCGCUUAUGGAAAUAAUAUUGUAACUGACAAAUCGAUUAAUCACUUUAAAAUUUAUAUAAGAAGCUAAUUAUUAAUUAAUACGAAUUAAAUCAACUUGCUAUUUUAGUAUAUAUAUAGUACUUACCAUUUAUUUUCUCUAUAAUAUUCCCACUCACAUGUCACGAAUGUAAAUUUUUUUACUUCACUGUGAAGAUCAUGUCGAGCACUGAUCGUAUUCGUUGCGAUAAUCGAAUCAAACGAUAAGUUACGAUUGAUCGCGACGUCAGCGCCAAUAAUCGAAUCGAAAUCUAUCGAAGAAUAUUGUAAUGGCGGAGAAUCGUUCAUACUCUGCCAAGAGUCGCGACCAGGAUAAUUAGCACGCGUGUAAAUAAAUUCCUAAUUAAAUAUGUACAAGUGACUCUUGCCUCAUCUUAGAGGCAGAGGAAUUUAAGAGAGUGCCGUAUAAUAGGUAAAAUCUUAUAUAUGACACGUGAAGAGUGCGUGAGUGAAAAUGGCCAAGUGUGAUAGAAUAUAACGUGUGCGUGUGUUAUGAGACACGUGUGACAUUCGAAAAUACAAGGAUCGCUCAUUGGAUAGUCGAGUGUUACAAAAUUAUGUAAGGUGCGACAAAUCUGUAAGUUCCGACCGCGGUUCUUGCAACCGUGACACUUUCACGAAAUGUGAAGUAUUGUCAUGAAAAAAUCCGAAAUUCCUCGCUUCAAUCGAAUUUGUCGAAAGAAGAACGAGCGAACGAACGAAAGUAUGGUAAUGUAUGAAAGAGAGACUGAUCACGAAGCGAGAAAUAAAAAAUAAAAUUUUUGUAUUAUAGUUGUAUCAUACCGAACUUUAUCUAUAGAUCUGUAUUAUAUUUAUUAUCCGCUAUCAUUACGCUACGAAUAAUCACACUCGAUAUUCUAUAUUUACUAGUAAAAGAAAUAUCAAAUUUAAUAGCGAAUAAAUUGCGUAUUCGGCGGGGUAAUGAUAAAAAAAA